AUGUUCUUGCCUCGCAUGGACGGUUCAAUGAAGGCCGAGCUCUCUCAAAAGAAGAAAUCGACGUCGGGAGCUUUCACCUAUGCGCUGGAAGACACUACCCUUGACAUGUCACCCGGGGAGGAUGGGAUCUUGCGCAUCGAAUUCAAGACCCACACUGAGGCUGAAACAGCAAAACUCCCUGGCUGGAAAGUGUUCAGGCCAGAAGAUACAUUUCCGCAGCGCAUGCCAAAACUUUUUGGAGCCACAUUAGCAGCUCAGUCUCAGUGCUUCAAACUUGCUUCUCAAGCUUCUGGAGAUGCCUCAGCAACUCUAGCACUUCACAUCAAGCUCAUUCACCUGCAAGAUGCGCUAGCAGUGUUUCCUCAGCAAGAUCUAUUGCUGUAUCAAUUGCCACGCAAAGCCUGGUGGGAAUUCCGUGCUCUCCGUAUCAGCGCUGUGCGGGCAGUGAUGAAAAGGCUGUCCGACGCUCCGCCGGAUGUUUGCAUCUGGGAAGAAUCACUAGCUCUGGGUGCUGUUUGCACCAGCAUCCUCAACAGCUGUGUCAUCCCUCAGCUAGAGAGCAAAGAGAUGUGCGAACUGUUGGACCAAGUCGCAUAUCAAUUUGUUCCUACUGCGUCGAACGCGAACCAGGCUGAAAUGGGGUACAAUGCAGGCAACUCCAAACCAUGGAUCGAAGAGCGAGGGGCCUACUUCGUUGCGGACGUUAUCCAGAAUUCUAUCGGAGACCAACCGAAUGCGUGGUUCUAUCGAGUCCCGAAGAGGAUCAAACUGAGUGAAGAGCUGCUUAUCGUCAUAUAUCGGCAAGAGUCGGCAAGCCACUUGCGUCGACAAUUCCACCUCGGUUCCCAUCGAACUAAACUGGUCAGGCUCAACUAUCGAACCAACCGUCGCUUACACAAAGGAAAGGACACUCUUCUCGCUGACGCGGUGUCGAAAAGGCCCCUAGGUGCAGAGUUGACGUUCGACAAUAUUGCAGAGCUCGACAUUCAACUCACACAGCCGGCAACGCGCAGAGGUCGGGACACUCGCGGAGUGCCUGUCUCCAGAUACGACAAGGACGACGACAUGUUAAAGGGCAGUCUUGUCGAGGUACUCAAUCGAAUGUACCGCCAACUUGCGCAUGACAUUAUGAACAAAUCGCCGAACAGACGAGGAGGAGGAGGCGCCUAUACCACCUUGGGACUCGCUGAGAUCACAGCCGUCUCUCCAGAGCUAUACUUCCACUUCGACCUACCUUUCAUAUCUGCUCGAGUUCUUCAUUGCUCGGAGACGGUCUGGGAUACUGUCGUCGAAAAUCUGCUACCUGGGAAAGCUCAUAUGGCCUCGGCCAGUACCACCGCCUACCCUGCCUGCACUUACUUCAAAGCUUGGACAACGUUGCUUAAUCGACUCAACGAUGACAACGCCUCUCUCGUCGUCAUGCUGAUGAGGAACGAGGUAUCCCAGUUUCUCUGGCUGCCUCGAACGGAGAAAGGAGCGAUGUGGGCAACGAGAAAAGAACCCAUGGCAGGGUGUAUAGCGCUUCCAGAAGAAAAAAUUGAAUCCAGCCCUUUCAUUGCGGCAAAUCCACAAUAUGUCAAGGGACCGGAGACCAUGAAGAGGUUCAGUCUCAGAUGA